AUAAACCAGCUCUACCCGUUAAUGAUCCGAAACACCUUAAAAUUGGCCUAAACUGAAGCUAGAUUGCUGAUCGAUGAACCAAAAUCAUAAGUCAACGUGAAGGUUUGUUAUAAGAAAAAACUCGCCACUGGAAAUUAGAGGAACAAAUGAGUGGUAUGGCAUGACUGAUUGUUAUUGAAUAAUAGGUUACUUACUGGAAUUGUUAUGCAUUUGAAAAAUACAGAAAGAAUACGUCUCAAUUUUUAUUAUUGGGUAGAUGAGAGUAGUUGUCAUUAAAGUGCCUCAACCUUCACAGAUAAGGCACCCAAUUCUUCUUCUUCUUCUCCUUGUUGUUCUGGCAGUUGACCAUGGAGGAACAAGUUAGCAACUCAUGAAAUAAAGUAACUAUCUGUUCUUUCUUCCACUUCGAUUACAUGGCGAUGCGUGCAGCAAAGUAUGAAAAAGAUGAUUCAUACUUGGUGUUGCUGCAUCUGUCCUUAAGAGGUUAAGUUGUCUCUCAACAUUUUAGUCAAGGCUAGCAGAGGAGUUCCCAGUUAUUACUUUGAAAAAUGGAUCAUCGAGAACACGUGUUAAGAGAACUAAUCCAAGGAAAUGAUAGAUCAAAAUGGAUUGCACACAGCAAUCAUGAUGUAAAAUGCUUCACAGAAAAUGAGAUAAAAAGAAUUACCAACAACUACAAUACUGAACUUGGGAGAGGGGCCUUUGGAGUAGUUUACGAAGGAGUUCUUGAGGACAGAAGUAUGGUUGCAGUCAAGAGGUUUAUCCACAAUCGAAAAGAAAACUUUGCCAAAGAGUUGACUGUUCAUCGUGAAAUCAACCACAAGAAUGUAGUCAGACUGAUCGGCUACUGUGUAGACGAAAAUGCCCUAAUGAUGGUCACAGAGUAUAUUCCUAAAGGAAACCUCAGUGAUGCCCUUCACCACAACAGGAUACCCAUCACUUUGGAAACACGACUAAGAAUUGCCAUAGAGUGUGCAGAGGCAUUGGGAUAUGUGCAUUCUCAAAUGUAUACCCAGGUAAUUCAUGGUGAUAUCAAGCCUGCUAAUAUACUUUUGGAUGACAAGCUCAGAGCAAAACUAUCAGAUUUUGGAAUAUCAAGACUAGUCAACACUGAUAACACUCUGUACACUGAAAAUGUGAUAGGGAGUGUAGGUUACAUGGACCCUUUGUUUGCUCUGAGUGGCCGGCUCACGGCAAAGAGCGAUGUUUAUAGUUUUGCGGUUGUCCUCUUGGAACUGAUCACGAGAAAAAAGGCAAGAACAGAUAAUGUGGGAAUCAGCCUAGUUGAAACUUUUACUCAAGCUCUCGCAAAAGGGACCAGAGGAGUGAAAGAGAUGUUUGAUCCUGAAAUUGCAAACCGAAUUGACAUGAAGACUAUCGAAGAGAUUGGAAAGCUAGCAGGUGAAUGUUUGGCUAUGGAAACCGACAAGCGCCCUGAUAUGUUAUCGGUGGCAAUGCGUCUUCACAAACUCGCGGAAACUCCACACCAGGGACAACAAUGGUUGUCUCCGUUCUCUUGGGGAAGGAAACACAAACCAAGCAGUGGCGAAAUGAUUGUGGGCUUUGGCUCCACAGAGACAGCUCUUAAGCUGGAGCUGAAGGACCUUCUUGAAGCAGUUCCUGAAAUUCUGGGCACAGGCACAGUCGGGACAACCUACAGGGCCAAAUUUGAGAGUGGAGCCGAGCUGGUGGUCAAGAGGCUCAAGGGCGUGCACUUGCGGAGGGCGCAGUUUGAGCAGCGCGUCACGGCGAUUGGCGACAUCCGGAACGAGCACAUGACGCCGCUGCGGGGUUAUUACUAUAGCAGUGAUGACAAGCUGCUAUUGUAUGAUAACAUGCCCAUGGGCAGCCUAUCAGAAGCGCUCCACGGAGAGCGGGGUUCUGGCCAGGCUCUGCUGGGCUGGGAGCAGCGGCUGGCCAUCUCCUAUGCUGCGGCGCAGGGUGUUGCGUCUAUCCACUCAGCCGGGCCAUCGAGCUGCCAUGGUAAUAUCAAAUCCUCCAACGUUCUGUUCACCAACACUUACGAUGCUUGCAUAUCAGAGCAUGGCCUGACAGCACUCGUCAGCCGGCCUAGCGAAUCAUCGGCCUACAGCGAUCCAGGGAUCACUGGUCGUAAAUGGUCAGUCUCCCAGAAGGCCGACGUGUACAGCUUCGGCAUUCUGUUGUUAGAGCUGCUCACCGGCAGGUUUCCAGGACCAGGCCGAGGGGUUUCUAAUUUGAUGAGGUGGGUGUCUAGUGUGAUUCGUGAGGAAUGGACAACGGAGGUGUUCGACGAGGAGCUCCUGGAGCAGCAAAAGGACGGCCAAGAGGAGGAAAUGAUGGAGCUCCUGGGGCUCGCCCUGGAUUGCUGCCACAGAUAUGAAACGGGGAGGCCGACAAUGUCCGAUGUUGUGCAGCAGAUUGAAGAAAUCCGACAGUCCGUACUGUGUACGGAAUUCUAGUUUCAGUCAGCAGUGCAUGAUUGUGCAUUUGUGCUAGUUUAAAUCAGCGCUUCAUCCUUGUGUUGAAGACUAAAUUAUCCUUACUUUUUCACACAGAAGUAUCUGAAUUUUUAAUAUCUUUUUAAUAUCUUAUACUCCCUCCGAUUCAUUUUUAUAAGUCGUUUCAGACAACUUAAAAUGGACUGUUUUGCACAUUAUCUAAAAUGUCUUCAAGGUCUUAUAAAAAUGAACAGAGGAAAUAGGUAAUGCUUGCAAAAGGGCAAACUAGUACUGUUACUUUAUAUUUCCGUUGGACCCUUGAUCGCUGUUGACCAAAUGACGCAAUUUAUCUACUAACAAUCACAUGUAUGUGCAUUCACAAACAAUUACUACAUAUUCUAUCUAUUUCCUUAUCUGAUCUCACACGCGAAUGAUACAUUUCGGGGCACUAAAUAUAACAAAAAAAAGGCUUUCUCUUCGCUUUAUAUAUAAAGCAACGAUUACCAACAACUCAGUAUAAA